GUCGUUCCCAGAAUGCCUUGCAUCGCGUCGCGACUUCCGGCUCGUGUUGGGGCCGGCGGUCGCUCCGAACUUGUCCCAGCAGCAGCAGCAGCUACGGCGGGCGGAGCCGGGCCCGGCUGGGGAUGGAGGCGGCGGUGAACUGCUCCCUGCGGCCCCAGCGCCUGCUGCUGGACCCCAAGUUUGAGGGCUACAAGUUGUCGCUGGAGCCGCUGCCCUGCUACCAGUUGCGGCUCGACGCGGCUGUAGCAGAAGUGAAACUUCGAGAUGAUCAGUAUACCUUGGAUCAUAUGCGUGCCUUUGGCAUGUAUAAUUACCUGCACCUUGACUCUUGGUACCAGGAUAAUAUCUACUAUGUUGAUCAACUUGGAAGGGUUAUGAAUUUAUCUGUGACUCUGGACACUGCACUACAGAAGCCAAGAGAACUAUUCAGACUACCGACAGACAUGACAGCGUAUGAUAAUCGACUUUGUGCGUCGAUACACUUUUCAUCUUCUACCUGGGCUGCCCUUUCAGAUGGAACAGGAAGACUGUAUCUUAUUAAAACAGGCAAGCGUGGAGAUAGUGCCUCUGAAAAGUGGGAGAUCAUGUUCAAUGAAGAGCUUGGAUGUCCUUUCAUAAUAGUCCAUAGUGUUUCCUUUGUAAAAUCUGAUGUGCAUUCAAUAGAUGUGCUUCUGCUUAGAGUAGAAAAAGAUGAACUGGAUACAGAAGGAAGUGGCUUCCAUGUUUCCUUGGAGUGGGUUACAGUCACAGAGAAAAAUAAAGUUGGUGAUCAGAGAUAUGAAGCCUUCAAAUGUAGGGUUCUCCAGGGAAAGUCAGUCCCUCAUUAUGCAGCAAUAGAGCCAAAUGGAGAUGGUCUGAUGAUUGUUUCCUACAAACCCUUCAAAUUUCUUCAGGAUGAGGAGAGCCAACCUGAAGAAAACGAAGAUGGGAAAAUAGGAGAUAAAAAGAAAGACCCUCUUUAUUACUGGCAACAGACAGAAGAUGAUUUAACAGUAACAGUUCAGCUUCCAGAAGACAUCACUAAGGAUGAUGUAACUGUACAGUUUUCUCCUGCUCAUAUCAGCAUAGUAUUGAAAAGUCAGCAGCUGCCUCUGUUAGAAGGAAUGCUCCAUUCAUCUGUUGACCAUGAAAGCUGUACAUGGAUAAUUAGAGAGAACAAGAGUUUGGAGAUUUCAUUAAAUAAAAAGGAAGAAGGACCAAUGUGGCCAGAACUGAUAGUGGCUGAUUCACGAGGGGAGUUCAUCACAGAUUCUUCACAAUGUCUGAUGCAUCUGACCUCUGAAGAAAUGAAUCCAAACCCUGACAAAGAAAAUCCCCCUUGCAAUGCACAGGAACUGGAGGAAUGUGAUAUUUUUCUUGAAGACAGUACAAGUUUGUGCAGAUUUGAUGGUAAUACUUUGAAAGUCUCUCAUGUGAUUAAUCUUGGAAGCAACCAGUAUCUCUUCUCAACUGUUGUAGAUCCUAAAGAAAUGCCUUGCUUUUGUCUCCGGCAUGAUGUUGAUGCUCUCCUCUGGCAGCCCCACUCUGACCGACCAGACAAUAUGUGGGAGCACGUUGCAACUUUCAAUGCUUUAGGAUAUGUCCAAGCAUCAAAGCAAGACAAGAAAUUCAUGGCUUGUGCCCCAAAUUACUCUUAUGCAGCUCUUUGCGAGUGCCUGCGUCGGGUGUUCAUCUAUCGACAACCCACUCCUCUGUCCACGGUCCUCUACAACAGGAAAGAGGGCAGACAAGUCGGGCAGGUUGCUAAGCAGCUGGUAGCAACUCUGGAAGCCACUGAUCCUAUCUUGGGCUUUCAAGCUACAAAUGAGAGAUUAUUUGUUCUCACAACAAAAACCUUGUUUUUAAUAAAGGUAAACACUGAAAAUUAAUUACCUAUUAUGUCCUGUUAGCUUCUCUGCAUUCAUAUGUAGCCUCAGAAACUAUUAGAUUAACAGAGAAGUUUAAUGCAUACUGUUGAAGCUGAUAUAAAAUAUCAUGUACACCAUUAUUUUUAAAAGGCCAACCAAAACUAGAAACUCUUUGUGCAAAUGGAAUAAAGCUUCCCAGCUCCGUUGUUACUGAACAUUUAAAAUGUUUUGAGGACUUCCAGUUCUGGGGAGAAAUGCCAGAAACUGCAACAUUCUUAACCAUUACCAGAGACUGAUAUUGCGUGAGUGAAACUAUCCAUGCAUUGGUUUUUCAAAUAGCCUUUUCCUAUCGCACUUCUGCCAUUCAAAAUUUUGAGUAUUCACUUCUAUUUUGCAUAAUAGCUAUAGUUUCUCUCUUAAGAAUUCAUUCAUACAAGUAAAACAAACCCUUGGUUCAUAAACAUAAAAUCACAAGGGAAAGAACAUACCAUAUACAAAUAAUUGGUAAAUUGUAAAACCAUUCUUUUUUUUUUCUUUAAUUUUGCAUUCAGUUUCUUUCGAAAUGUCCUCGCUUAGCAUUGCCAAGUCAUGGGGCAUUGGCUAAAAAUGGACUUUGGGGCCACCUGCUUUUUCAGGCAUAUUUUUAAUCCAAGUAAAGUAACUUCAUUUAAUAUAUGAAACUGAUUAUCUUAUUGAUUCCUUGAGCAAAAUCUCCACAUAUUCUAAAAAUACCUAAAAUAUGGUAUUUUUAACAUGGCUUUUGUAGCUUCCUUUCUCUUAUGGAUCAGCAGAAGAGGGGAAAAAGUCAUCUCAAAUUGACUAAAUUGUACUUUACUAAGUUUUAAAGUUCAACUAUACUGCAAAGGGUAUUGUGAAAUUAAAGUUUUGUCUCAAUUACAUGUAAAAUAAAUCUGCUUGGUUUACAAUCAAAAUCGGGUAUUCUGCUUAUGAGCCAACCAUAACCUGACAUGUGAAACUCAAGCUGUUUCUUCCGUAUGUAUGAUUCUCAUAAAUAAAAAAAAAAUUCUGCCAGUGUUUAGUUAGCCAUUUUGUCGCUAAUAUGCAAGCCCAAAUAGAAUCUGUUACUCAUCAUUUUACAUUUCUGCUUAAGAUCCCUCAGUGAACUCUUCUUUUCUAACUGAUUCUUUGUUCAGGAGGAGAGAAACUGAACAUGGUUCACUGUAAUAUUAUUAGGCCCAGCUUUCUCCCUUGUCUGUUGUAACCUCUUUUUUCUAAGAGAAAUAAAACUUGUUUAGCUUUGUGUUAAGUGGAAAUUACAGCUUCAUAGGUAUCCAGUUUCUGCAUUUUUACUGAAUGAAUAAGCAAAGCUGAAAACAAGAUGAUGGCAAUUCAGGCAAAAUAUAAUUGUAUUCAUUCCUUCUCAGCACAAGUGAAGUUUAAAAGUAUUUUAAAGAACUUCAAAGGAGGUUGUACUUUCUCAGUAACAAGACUGAGUGAACUGAAAGAAAUUUUCCUUCUUGUUCAGACUACUUUGCUCAGUUAAUGGUACCAAGGAAAUUUAGCCUGAAAUGUGUUCUACUGGGAAAGAGUGCAUAGGAUAUAUGGUAACCUUUGGUCCUGUUUUAUACCAGACCAUUCUGUUUCUAAGCCCUUUGUCCCCUGUCCAGUUCUGAAUGAAGAACAGAUUGCAAAAAGGCCAGUUUUUUUUUUAUAGAUAAAUAGAUUGUUAGGGGCUGGAAAAGACCUUGCAGAUGAUCAGAUCCAGCCCCUCUGCUCUAGCCAAGAAGACAACUGGGGUCAAGUGACCGAAGUGAGGUGACUGUCCAGUCUCCUUUUGAAAACCUCCAGGAUAGGUGAUUGCACCACCUCUGGAGGGAGUUUAUUCCACAGUCUGGUUACCCUGAGUGUGAAGAAAUUUUUCCUGGUAUUAAACCUGAAGCGGCCUUCCAGGAGUUUAUAUCCAUCAAGUCCCCUCUCAACCUUCUCUUCUUUAGGCAAAAGAGGCCCAGGUCCCUCAGCCUUUUCUCGUUAUGGCUUGCCUUGGAAGUCCCUGAUCAUAUGGGUGGCUCUUCUCUAGACUCUCUCAAGUUUUUCCACAUCCUUAUGUUACUUUAAAUUUAAAUUUAUUAAAGCAAAAGCAAGACCUUAUAAAGGGAGAUAAGGCAAAAUGCCGUGUUUAUUGAUUAUAUGAAUUAGACAUAGAGGUUUGGACACACCAAUCACACAGACACGCACAAACACAAAACAAUCAUUCCGUUCUCUUGGGAAUUAUAGUUACCAGCAGCAGUUGUUCAAUAAUAGCACUGGGUGGCCAGCCCAGGCCUAUUGAGAGAAGAUGGAGAUAGCAGGCAGGGUGGUUAUUAUGAGAGAGAUUUUGGAGAUAACAGCUUGGAGCGGGGUUAACAGAUGCAUCUGUGCUCUGAAGAAACAGCAGUUGAGAGACUCGCCCAACUUGGCAUUUUUAAAGUCCUCUUUUAUUAGGGAUUGGCAUCCUUUGUUUCAGUGCUUUGGGUUUUUUUCAUACCCAGCUUCUGUUUUUACGGUUGUUCUUUAUCUAUCUUCAGCUUAUCUUGGGCCGAGGUCAGUUUGGUCAUAAAAGUUGGUAUCUCAGCUUUGGAGUGUCCUUGCUGCCCAUCUGGCAGGAUGCGUGCAUUCCUCCUUGUUUUUUCCUUCGUGCCCUAGGCCUCAAAGGGAUUGUUCGGCUAUCUAUUAAUUAGCUUACUGACUGGUAACUUACACAUUUGGCACCUUGUUGCUUACAUAAACAGUUAAACCUUCUUUUUCCUGUCUCUCUGCCAUUUUCACCAUUCACCGUUUCAUACACGGUUGUACAUAAAGGCCAUGCAAAGUUCAUUCACUUAUGUCAAGCAGAAGGAUACAAAAUGGAGUUUUCAAGUUGCUUGCAGGACAAGACUAACAUGAUUACAUUUCACUAUAAUUACACUCUAUGUUAACAUCAGCUACAUUAGUUCAGUUCCUGCUACACUUACUUAAUUGUGGUGCCCAGAACUGGACACAGUACUCCAACUGCAGUCUUACCAGUGCUGAGUACAGCGAGAGUAUUACUUCCUUAGUUUUACAUGAGAUGCAUCGGUUGAUACAUGCCAGCAUGUUGUUUGCCCUUCUGGCCACUGCAUCGCACUGACGGCUCAUGUUCAUGUGGUGGUCAAUCAUUACCCCUAAGUCCCUUUCAGCCAUGGUGCAGGUCAGGCUGUCACCUCUGAGUCUGUAUGUACAUUGAGGGUUGUUUGCCCCCAGAUGGAGCAUCUUACACUUGGAAGUGUUAAACUUCAUCUGGUUCCGGUCUGCCCAACUCUCAAGCCUGUCCAGGUCUGCCUGUAUCAGCAGCCUAUCUUCUAGCAUGGCCACACUGCCCCAUAACUUGGUGUCAUCUGCAAACUUGGUCAGCAAGCUUUUCACUCCCACAUCCAUUGAUAAAGAUGUUGAAAAGCACCAGUCCAAGCACUGACCCCUGAGGGACACCGCUGGCCACUUUUUGCCAAGAUGAUACGGAUCCAUUCAUGAGAACUCUCUGGGUCCUACCCUGUAGCCACUGAACUGUCAAGCAGCGGAGUCCACAAGCUUCCAGUUUUGCUACAAGGAUAUUGUGGGAUACUAGAUCAAAAGCCUUUUGAAAGUCUAGGUAUAUAAAAUCUUCCUUGUCUUCCAUGUCCAGGUGGCAAGAGACCCAGUCAUAGAAGGAGAUGAGAUUGGUAAAACAAGUUAAUUUCAAUUAAUUGGUGGAAAUACAUGUCAGUCAUUUGUCCUCACGAUUCUGUUGCCUGUGCCUAGGGGUAGGGGAGUGCACAGCCAGGACAAGCAGGAUUCCAAGCCAGCCAGAUAGGGAGGGAGGGGGGCUUGUUUGCAGCAGCCCAGUGGUCCCCCAUUUCUCACCACUGAUUGGCCAAGGAGGUGGCAGCCCUGCCCCUCACUGCUGAUUGGCCAAAGGAAUCUUGCCCCUCACCAGGGGAUGUCCUGUAUUUUGGAGUUGCAUCAGUAGCCACCAUAAUAGAAUACCUUACUUCUUUUUACCUUCUGUAAGAUUUAAGGAUGUUGCUUUUGCUUAAAAGCCCAUUACUAUUAUAAAUGAGGUUUUGUCAUAAUUAUCUGGUGUCAAGUUGCACAGAUGUAUUUGUUGCACUAGUAUUUCCAUUUAUAUAUUCAUUUUCAAAACUUACGGCAUACAUCUUAGGUAAACUCAGUGUAGCCUUUCAAAAGUUAAGAUGACCUUGUAUUGUCUCCUGACUCUGUGAGAAUUAGAGCUGAACUUUUCUGGGAAGCUACACCAAUUAUGGAGUAGCCUUAGUUUCUCAGAGACAGAUUUUAUGAGUCGUUUCUGCCAGCAAACAGAAGUGCUAAGUGCUAUUUAUAGUUUCAGGCAACCAAUUUCAUUGUUACAGAUUUAAAUGAUCCAUGUCAAUACCCUUUUGGAGUGUUCUCUCUGACUGGCCAUGUGUUAAGAUUAUAAUGUCUAUUGUUCUACAAGUUGAAAGUAAUUCAGAUAUUAAAUAUAUUAAUAGAUUUUUCUAAAUUGUUAAUGAUCACAUUUUUCAGUUCUUUAAUUUAGCACCCUUCCCUUUGCUAUUUAAAAAAGAGAGAGAAAUAUACUUUUUUUUUUCCUGCUAAGUUGCAAAAUACCAAAGAAUGUUUUGACCAAACUCUGGUUGGUGUUUGGCAAUACUUAAAAGAUGUGAUGCUUUACUCCCAGAUCAUUGAUUUGAGAGCUCCUAUAUGCAACUUUCCUUGAAUACCCUCUUUCUAGUAAUAGUAGGACUGAUUUGCAAGGUGUGCAAUUAUACAGAGGUCAUUGUCAGCAGGGGCUCAUCUAGUAUGCACAUGCAUAUAAGCAGAUACGCUUCAUCCACUAACCCUUAGACUGUCUUCUUGCAUCACUGUGCAACACAAAUCCAAAAGGUCUUGCAGAACUGUUUCUCAGGCUUCUCUGGAAUGGGAGAAAGAAAUCCAUAUUAUUCCCUUCACCAGAAGAGUGGCUGUGCAGUUAUGGGGUGUUUUUUCUUCCUGCAUACAAAUGCAUUCUGGUAUAACAAGCAGUGUUUACACCCUGGGUGGUAGCAGCAUCUGGGUUGGCAGUGGCUGGGUCUAUAGCAACAGUAGUUGCCAGUCUUGCACCCUGUCCAAGUCAGGACCCAAGGCUGGUGCCCCACUUGCCCACCCCUAGUUAAGCUUCCGAAUGCACUUUGCCUGCUAGAUUUUAGUUCUUUGUUUGUGAAAUGACAAGGGAUUAUCAGUUAAGGCUGAAACUCAGUUUUUACUUCCCUUUCUGUGCCUUGUUUGAAUAACGGACAUUAUUACUGUUAUAACUUUGAAUUUUCUUGCCUUUUGUCAAUCUAUGUCUCCCCUUCACAUUAUGUAGACUGAAUCUUUGCAUUAAAUAGGAACAAGUGCUGUAGUCAAUCAUGAAUUCAUUUGUAAUAGAAUUUAUACACCAAUUAUUGUCUUCUGGUUCUGUCAUGGAAGUAAAGAUUAUGAAUAUCUUUUUUUAAUUAACCUAUGAUUCUUUUAUUAUCCUAAAUUCUAAAAUUUCAAGAGGAAACUAUCACUUCCAGUCCAAAUUAAUGUAAUUACAAAGACAAUAUUUAAACUCCAGCUGCUUAGUUCAAGACUCAGUUGACAGUUAUCUCACUUGUUCAGGAUAAUAAAAUGCAAAGAUGAAUACAAAUGUACAUUCAUGUGCAGACUGAACUGGUAUUUCCAGACUUCUAUGUGUAUUGUGGCCCAACAACAAUUCAGCAUUUAACUAAUGCUACCCCACCCUGUUAAAAAGAAUAGUAAUGAUGUACAGUUAAAGUCAAUUGAGAGAGAUUAGGAACAGAUUUUUCAGUGCAGACCAGUGUUACAAAAUGUUAUGAAACAGUAAACAGGUGAGGACAAGCACCUAAAUGUUAUACUUUUCAAAAACUAGCAGCAGCACUUUGGCAAGCUGUAUCUGUAAACUGUUCAGCUGCUGCAGAUGUUGGUAUCUUUAAAAUGUGGGUAAGCUGUUUGCAUGUGCAACUAAAAACAGCUUUCUGAAAUUGAGGUACAUAUACAUGCAUGUGUUAUGUAGAACAUACAAUACCUAAAUUAGAUUAUGAAACUGUAUAUUUCCUAGGGGUGUGUGAAGCGGGCAGUAUUCAAUUUGGAUUCAGCCCAAAUCGGAGACAGUGAUUCGAUUCAUUGAUUCAGAUCACUGUCCCUGACUUGAUUCGGCCAAAUCUGAAUCUGAAGAUUUGAUGCUGAUUUGGACAUAGACAUAGCUUUACAUGUUUUUUCUACAUACCUCAAGGUACGAGCAUGGCUCGUGAAUGCUGCAAUGCUAGAACAGAUGGAGCAUCCCACAGGAGUGCGUGGGUGGGGGGGUGCUCAGUGGCAAACCCGGAAGUGGACCACAAGUACUUUAGGUUUGUUUCUGUGUCCGCCGGGGUGUGCGCAGGGGGGCACCCCCACAGGUUGGCAAUCAGCCAUGGGGGACCCCAGGUGCUGCCCCCCCCCCCAGACCCAGGAGGCACCAGUCGCCAAGCUGGGGGGGAUGCAGGGGGGAUCCCCCUACAAGCUCUUUGGCAGACCCAGAAGUAGACCGGAAGUGCUUCUGGUCCACUUCCAGACCUCCUGCUGAGCACACUGGGGAACCCCCCACGUUCCUGUGGGACACUCUGUGCAGCCCAGCAUCGCAGCAUUCACAAGAUGCCUGGUACCUUGAGGUAUGUAGAAAAAACAUUGAAAACUGUCUAUGUCCGAAUCACCGAAUCUUUCCAAAUCUCCCCAAAUUGAUUCGGAGGGUUCUGAUUUGAUUUGGAGAGAAUAAAGGGUCCUGUGAUUCAGUUCGGAUUUGGAGAUUCAGCUACAAAUAUACUUUUAAUGUAUGGAAAUAUGUCAUUGUACAGUGCACAGUACAAUGCAUUAUAUUGGUAUAGAAGUAAUGUUUCAUGCUCUCAUUAGACCAGCCGUUCCCUUUAGCGUUCUUGUAUACAUUGCAUAAGUAUAUAUACGAAACGUAUAUAAAUGUAUCAGAUAUAGUUGCCUUUGAUGGCAUAAGGAGAUCAUCCUGCCAAUUUUUCACAAUAUGCAUUGGGAAGCGUGUCUUAAAGGAUUUAUAUAAAAGGCCUCUUCAUUUAAUAUUGCUGAUGGCGAAACAGAAAUUUCCAUUAACUGGAAGCAUCUCCAAGCAUUUGUAGACCGUUAAUGAAUCUAAAAGACAGAAAACCACUGGAUAAGAUGUAUUAUAGAGCAAACCACCUGUCUGAUGUUGAGUGGAAAUUUUUGUUACAUGCAAAAAACUGGACUUGGACCUAAAAAUGAGUACUUAGAUGUGAAAAAGACUUGGACUGUUAGUAUACUGGCCUCUGUGAAUGUACAUUAUUUACAGCUUUGGUGUUCAGUUGCCUUUUUAUGUGUUUUCUAUCCAGUUUUCCUGUCCUCAUGGUCAUCAUUUUUAGUCUUGUAUCAAAAUAUGAACAUUGUUUAUAACCUUUAGUAAAUUUUUUUGCAAAAUUGUAAA